UUCUAGAGAUGCUGCUGCUCGUCCACGCUAUCUCACGUCAGUGACCAUGGAAGCCAUCGCCACUCGCCGCUAUCUCCUCCCCCGCUCCGUCCCCGUCUUCGUCACUCCCAAAGCAGAAAUCACCACGGCCGCCGCGGUCCCAUUCCGUCUCCCCUCCGCUCGCGCAUCCUCUACCUUCCGCGACCUCCCUUUCCCCUCCAAGAAUCCCAAAUCCACUCGGUUCCCUUGCUCCUCUUCCAAUCUCCAGGACUCGAAGCCCUCGCGAGACCUCGGCCUUCUCAUCGAAGUAGAAGGGGUUCUUGCAGACAUAUACCGGUUUGGUAAUCGCCAAUCUUUCAAUGUAGCAUUUCAGAAAAUGGGGCUCGAUUGUGCUAACUGGACAGAACCAGUAUAUGCAGACCUGACAAGGAAGGCUGGUGGCGACGAAGAAAGGAUGCUGGUCUUAUUUUUCAACAGGAUUGGUUGGCCUACCUCUUUGCCUACUUCUGAGAAAGAAACAUUCAUGAAAAGCAUUCUGAGGGAGAAGCGGAAGGCUUUGGAAGAGUUUGUGACAUCAAGCAACCUACAAUUGCGACCUGGAGUUGAGAAUUUUAUUGAUGAGGCGUUUAGUGAAGGUGUACCUGUGGUGAUGCUGAUAGCAUACAGUAGAAAUGGGGAUAAAAUAUCCAGGUCUAUCAUUGACAAACUCGGCCAAGACCGCAUAUCAAAAAUAAAAAUAAUUGGAAAAGAGGAAGUGGAAGGAAGUUUUUAUGGACAACUUGUUUUAGGCAAAGGGAUAUCCUCCAGUUUGGAUGAGCAACUUGUUAAAGAAGCACAAAAAGCAGUUUCCAUGGAGAAGCAAAGGAUUGCUGAGGAGGUUGCAUCCAUCCUGAAACUAACCGUUGACAUAGGUACCAGCUCAUCUGAAAACUUCGAGAAGGUAGUAGCAGCUUUGCGGGCUGGUGCUGAGUAUGUUGGUCUGCCUGUGCAAAAUUGUGUGCUCAUUGCCGGCAGCCAAUCUGGAGUUCUUGGGGCUGAGCGUGUAGGGAUGCCCUGUGUAGUUUUACGAAGCAGCCUGACGGCUAGAGCUGAGUUUCGUCAAGCAAAGGCUGUCAUGGACGGAUUUGGUGGAGCUGAUCUAACAAUCUCAAAACUACGCAACAAGAAAUGGUCCUGAGUGAUGCAAAAAUCUGCCAGAGGUCUAUGGAUCUACUUGCAUCUUUCAUAUCUUGUCGUACAACAUACAUCCCAUUUUAAUAGAAAAGGUUGCAUGGCCUCUAUAAUAGCUUACUGCAAACAUCAUCUUGUUACUGUUCUUUACUCCAUCUCAGAGGCCAUGAGCAAGCGUCAACCUAUUCGAUUCAGAAAAUUUUCAAAGAAAUAUUAUUCACAACAAUGUUUGAGAAGAUCCUUGGUUUCUAAUUCAACAUCCUUGCUCCAUAUCAAACAGUAUGGCUAUCUCACCGUUUGUAUGAGGUCUUUUGACACGCCAGUAACUCUGUGGGAUAAUCAACUUGGAAGAUCAAUUUUUUUU